ACAAUAAUGUCUAGAAACGUUGAUUGGUCUAAGCUCUGCCCUGAUCUAUUACGAUCAAUCUUCGAAAGCUUGAGCUCUUUGGAUUUUCAUCGAGCCAAAACCGUUUGCUCAAACUGGUACGCCGUUUCAAGAACGUGUCCUCUCUAUCCAUGGCGAAUCGUAUUACAAGGUCAGAACUCUCUUUUGUAUGAUCCCAUUCAAGAUAAAGUCUACCACAAAAACCUUCUUGGAAUCGACUUGUCCGAAGUCCAUUGUCUCGCCAGUUACAGCAACUGGCUUCUACUCGUAAAUCCUUGUCUACAUUUCCAUCUCUUGAAUGUGUUUACUAGCGAAACAAUCAGUGUUCCUUCAUUAGAUUCAUCACUUGGUGAUAGUCCUUAUAGAUUCGUACGAAACGAUCUAUUUGAAUGCUUCCUUGAGCUCUACGGCACCAAGUUUCUUGUGAGUUGGGACGAUUUUAAGUUCUCAAAGACGGCUGUCUUGUGGAUAAACGAGAAAAAUGGAGAUUUCGUCGUCGCAUGGGCUAUCAAACAGUUCUAUAUUUUCUCAUACAAGAAAAUAGCAAAUGAUGGUGAUAAAGGAUGGCGUAUUACAUGCACACAGUGUGAAGACAUGGCUUAUAAAGACAACAAGCUUUAUGUCUACACCUUUGAUCAUUACAUCAACGUUCUUGAUUUCUCUGGAGAUUGUCCUAAAGAUACCAUAGAAGGAAACCAUUAUCUUAAUCAUCCUUUUCCCUUCGUUGAUACGAUAUAUAAGAUGAGGAUUGUUAUAGCAAACUCAGGAGAGGUUCUGAUCGUUCUGAGCUUGAAAGAGUUAAACAGAAAGUUUUGCAUUUGUAAGCUGAAUCUUGAGGUUGGAGAAUGGGAAAGAGUAGAGUCUUUGGGUGAUGAGAUGUUGAUUUUUGGUCAUGGGGUUACAAUAAGAGGACCGGUUAAAGAUAGAGGAAUCAAGAGUGGUUCAAUAUGUUUUCUUGAUGAUGAUCAUUUGUCUGAUAAUUAUCUUGGGACGAGGAGGGAAGCAAGUUCUGGUGUGUUUGAUCUUGCAACAAGAACAAUCACUUGGCAUACAAGAUUAGAUGAUUGGUCUUCCAAGAUUUACUGGUUUGUUCCAGGACAAACUUAG